UUUUUUUAAUUAUACAAGAGAAGGCAGGCUUAGCGCCACAAACUGAAUAUCUUUACCACAGGAAAUUAAAUGAAAAGAGGGUGAUCACUGUAUUGAAGGCAGUGGAACCCUAGCCAAUUGCCUUCUCAAAAUGGCUAUGGCGGGGCAUGCAUUUGGUUUCUUCUAUUCCAAUUCCCCCGCCACUCGCUUUCGUUCAACUAAAACAAAUUCUGGCAUAUCCGCUUCCAGGGAAAAGACCAGGAAGAGAAUGUUUGCACUUAAUAUCAAUGCAGCAUUCUGGGGGAUUGGUCAAGGGAAACGUUUGGUAGAGCCACCAGGACGUGAUUUUGAUCUUAGCACUGAGCACAUUAUUGAACCAGUCAUAGAGGGAAAACCUAUUGUCCAGGAAACAUUUCGAAAAAUUUCUAUAUCAGUGGUGUCAUCGAUUUUGCGGCUUUCUUCAGAGGACUGGGAUGCAUGUUCUAUGGGUUCAAGUGGCCAGAAUAAAAUCAAUCCAUUCCUUACCUAUGCUUUUCUUUCAUGCUUGGAGGAGACUGGAUGUGCUGUUGAGGAAACAGGAUGGUUACCUCAGCACAUUGUAGCAAGAGAUGAAGAUGGUGCUUUGCUAGGUGUUGUUCCAGUGUAUAUUAAAAGCCACUCAUAUGGUGAAUUUGUAUUUGAUCACUCUUGGGCUGAUGCUUAUUAUAACUUUGGUUCCUCAUACUACCCAAAGCUACAAUGCUCCGUGCCUUUUACACCAGUAACAGGUCAACGAAUACUAGUGCGUGAUAGUAAAUACAAGGAUCAAAUAUUUGAAAAACUUGUGAUUGCCAUGAAGCAACUUACUGAGAAGUUUCAGAUGUCAUCAUUACAUAUAACCUUCCCGACAGAAAAAGAAUGGGAGAAAUUGAAUCAAUUUGGUUUUCUUCAACGUAUUGGAAUGCAGUAUCAUUGGAAAAAUCGUGACUAUAAAAGUUUUGAUGAUUUUCUAAUGGAUUUGAAACAAAGCAAAAGAAAGACUAUUCGUCAAGAACGCAAAAAGAUUCUGUCCCAAAACUUAAAAAUGAAACGACUUCGAGGAAGUGAAAUUAAGGCACAUCAUUGGGAUUCCUUCUACAAGUUUUAUCGCAACACCACAGAUAACAAGUGGGGUCGUGCUUUUCUUACAAGAGAAUUUUUCCACAUGCUAGGCUCUAAAUUGGGAGAUCGUGUUUUGCUUGUUGUUGCUGAGGAUGGAGAAAACCUUGUAGCUGGGGCAUUAAAUCUUAUAGGGGGUGAUACUUUAUUUGGUCGUCUUUGGGGUUGCCUUCCAGAAGUUUAUUUUCCAAAUUUGCAUUUUGAAGCUUGUUACUAUCAGGCAAUUGAAGCAGCCAUCGAGUGGAAUCUAAGUAAGGUUGAAGCUGGAGCACAGGGAGAACACAAAAUUCAGCGUGGUUACAUGCCUGUGACAACAUAUAGCUGCCACUAUAUUCGGGAUAAUGCUUUCAAAAAAGCAAUUGGUGACUUCUUAGCUCGUGAAACUCCUCAGGUUAAGCUUGUAAUCCAACUAUUAGCUGAUUCUGGGCCUUACAAGGAUGGGUUGUUUUGAUUGUUGGGUGGAUGAACAUGUACAUAUUAUUCUUCUCUUGUAUAUGUAUAUUGGUCAUCGACAAUUGAAUUGUAUAUUUUGGUUUACAUGGAUUAUUGUGUUUAUUAUAUAAAAAUAGUCAAAUAAUCUAUACCACCAAAUGCUAUAUAAUUAGGGUAAGUGCAUGGAAAUGAUAUACAAAAAGGGUUCAAAUGUGGCAUCUUUUUUUUUCUUUUGAAAUCAACUAAACCCGAACUUAGAUGAGUA